CAGGUGAUGUGAGUCUGAGAUCAGUAGAUGAGCAGCCAGAACUGAAAGAUCCCAAAAAGGAUGAGUGAGAGGGCCACGCGGAACUGGAGCACAGGCGGCUGGCUGCUGGCGCUGUGCCUGGCCUGGCUGUGGACCCGCCUGGCCACGGCUGCCUCACAGCCUCCAACUGCCACAGUGCUCACACAGCAGGGCACCUGCGAGGUGAUUGCUGCUCACCGCUGCUGCAACCGGAACCGCAUCGAGGAACGCUCUCAGACCGUCAAAUGCUCCUGCUCUUCUGGCCAGGUGGCCGGCACCACACGGGCAAAGCCCUCCUGUGUAGACGCCUCCAUUGUCCUUCAGAGGUGGUGGUGUCAGAUGCAGCCCUGCCUGCCGGGCGAGGAGUGUAAGGUGCUUCCGGACCUCUCAGGAUGGAGCUGCGGCAGCGGAAAGAAAGUCAAAACCACCAAGGUCACACGAUAGCUCUUGGGGGUCAUGGCCUGGACAGAACAGACUCGAUUGAGCCAUGGACCGAAGAAUGGUGUCCUGUCAUUAGCCAGCAAAUUUGGGGAUUCAUUUACCUGGACACAUGUCCCAUUCCAAAUGCACCAUCAGUCUUUCCAGG